AUGACCGCCGGCGCUACGGUGGCCGGGCGGGACAUGGCGGCAGCGGACAGGAGGAGGCGGCGGCGGCGGCGCCGGGCAGACGAGGUGGCGGAGGAUGGCGGAGCGGUGCUAAGGAGGCUGCGAGAGGCCCGGGACGAUCUGCUGAGCUCCGGCUUCUGGGCGGCGAGCGCCGGAGCCGUGCGGGCCCGGUUGGGCGGCAGCGCGGAGCCACCUGCCCGUUGCGUCUGCUACGGGCUGGGCCGGUUCGGCGGUUGCCCCAUCGCCCGGGACCAGCUCGCCUUCCUGCUGCUGCUGCUGGAGGAGCUGGGGGUGCCACCGGCGCGGUGCUCCCUGUUCGAUCCCGUAUUCUCGGAGCAGGAGGCGGCGGUGCUGGGAGAGCUGGGGCUGCGGCUGCUCCCGGAGAACGAGGAGGGGAAGCACGACGUUGAGGGCUCAGCCACACUCUUCUACAUGGUGCACUGUGGGAAUGCCCUGUACAACAACCUGCUGUGGAGGAACUGGUCCCUGGGGGCCCUGCCCAAGCUGGUGAUCAUCGGGAACAGCUUCAGAGGCAUCGAGGAACGGUUGUUGCCAAGAAUCUUGAGGAGAGAUUAUUCCUACAUAGCAAAGGUCCUGAAGGUGACAGAGGAGGUAGCACUCCCCACCCACCCUCAGUACCUGGACACCUUUAAUGACACCUCCAUCCACUGGUUUCCCUUGGAAAGGCUGCAGGAGCUCUCCCCUGAGGUCUGGGACUUUGUGGAGGAGCCAACAUAUGAGGACUGUGACAACCUGGAGAUCAUCAGGAGGGAGGACAAAGCCCAUGGGUGCAGCCCCAUCACAGCAGAGUCCUGACCCCUCUCUACAGCAGGGAGGGAAACCUUGGGGCUCUGUCUUCUCCCAAGGCAGCUCCUGCACAGCUGAGAUGAAGCUGGUGACAGCACCAAAAGCAGCAGCAGCCAGCCACUGGGACAUUUUUGUACCUGAGUUAUUUAAUAAAGAGGUGAAGCUGGGUUUGACUCAGCU